AUGGCAGACCAUGGCUGGCUGAUUCGAUCGUCUCAUCUCACCCCAAUACAUAGCAGAUACUAUGUGCCUUGGGCUACCUACAAAUCAGAGCACUCUACCAGAACCAUCUUUUCUGCUCUCAACCUUCUUGCCGCCAAGGCUGACCGCCCUUUCUCCUCUCAACGUGAUACGCUGCGAGUGCUGCAAACAACGGCCAUGUCCUGUAUGUGGUCCACUCCGAGGCUUCCGUCACCCAAUCGUCGCCCACCCACACCGCCGUCAGGCUUUGAUGCCGGUGUGCUGGUGGUUUCGAAGAGUAUGGAAAUACCCGAGAAGCUUUUCCUUGCCAUGGCUCCAACACAGAUGGCGAUUGGCUUUGGUUCCUGCUUUGGACAAACUUUGACCAUUCUUGGUACUUGUGUUGAAGACAAGUGGACGAACAGAGUGUAG